GACAGUAUUAUAGGAGCACUUAAAAAUUUUUACCAAUUAUUUUGAUAUAUUAAUACUUCUCUGAUUUCCAAGGAAAAAUAGUCCGCUGCAUGCUCUCAUUCUUCUUACGAUCAGAAGCUUUUGAACUCUCUUGUUUUUCUAUUCGAUUGAGACACCCACGAACAAUCAGUUCCUUCCAAUUAGGUCUUUCUUAAUUUAGCCUUUUCAAUUCCAAAGAUUUUGAGUUCUUAUUCGAGAGAAAAAUAAAAGUUCCAUAGUUCAUACUUCAUUUCCUUUUCCGGCUCAUUUCUUUUAAUCGGCAAUUGGGCAACGGUCGAAGUGUUUCUGUCAAGCAAGCUAAAGGACUGGAACAGAGGUAGGAUUAUCCUGGGAGCGAGUUGGCCAGUCCCGUUCGAGUAGCUAUCGAGAUACGGGGACUAUCUUUCUUCAAGGCCAGUCCGGUUAACGGACGAUCUUACGCUAAGUUUUCUUUCUCUACCUUUUAUAUUAAUAUUUCAUUUCUAAUUAUUGUUGUUAUUUUAUUUGUUCUUGCAUUUGGUGGUUUGUCUGGUGAUUUGUGAUUAAACUCGGGAUUUUAUCGGUCUAAACUCGCCAUUUAAAUACUAUUUUUCUAUCAGACUUCCGUAGUUAUAAAAUACACAGAGACCAGACGUUUACCAGACCAGACUAGACCAGCAAAUUUCAGUCCAAACGAAAACAUUUUUAUAUGUUUACUCCCUAUUUUGCUCUUAUAGAUAAUACUGUAAUACUCUAUUUAAUCUCUUUCCUUCGAUUUCUUGUUUCUCGAUUGCUUCCGCCAUUCGUCUCUCGUCCUUUCCCCAAAAUCAAGGAAUAUGAUUCUUCUUUCCUCUAUGCGCAGUGGCGAAUUUGGGAAGGGCGGUAGCGGCGGAGUUACAAGAGCAACGGCGACACUGCCGACACAGUUGGAAGGGAGACGGCGGCAGAUCUAGAAUUUUCAUCUCUAGAAUUUUCUUUUUCUUCUUUUCUGGUGUAUCUGCCGUCGACUUAGGUUUCUUUUUCAUAUUUGUUGUGAUUUCAUUUUUCAUGCUCCUUUUGUCCUGCUUUUGAUGCGCAGCCGAUUGUUUUUUUUUGUUGAUCGUUUUUUCUCCACUCUGGUUUUACUUUUUGUUAGGUGUGUAGAGCCUGCUCUAGAAAAAAUUAGAAGGGCGAAGAGGUGUAGUAUCAUGUAUCGAUAGUAAUUUAAGAAGACUUUGUGGUUGUCUGCUUCAGCUUCUUACUCUUUCACAGCAGUAAUAAUUUAUUUUAGGUUCUUUUCGUUUGGGUGGUUCUUGCCACCGCUAAUGUGCAAGCCUAGGUGCCUCAUCACUUGUGUUGUGGAAGAAUUGAACACAUUUUUGGGCUGGUUUUCGGAACUACCAAUCCAAUGUAGCAAACAAAUACGGAAUAUAAUGAUUUUACUAAUAAGAGCACAUUUUCAUACUAUUGUUGAUCAUGUUUAUUUUAAAAGGACAAUAUCAAUUUUAUAGCAUUUGACAUUAUUUUUAACAAUGCCAUUUUUAUAAAAUUGAACAAUGUCACGACACUCAUUGACAUUAGCAGUGACAUUGUCAUUAUUACAAUAUCAUUCUAAUAGCAUUAACAUUGUCACAAAGACAGUCAUUGUGACUUAUCAUGACAUAUUAUUACAAUGUCAUUUUUUAUAGUAUUAACGUUAACAUUGUUAUUGUCAUUAUUUCACAUCGUGACAUUUGUACCUACAUUUUGAUAGUGUUUACAAUUUUUUUUGUAAUUAUUCUUUAUAGUAUUAACAAUGUAACAAUAAUGUUACAGUAUCACAAUGUCAUUAACAAAAUUAAUGUCACAAAAUCACACGACAUUGUCACAAUAUUACAAUGUUAUCAAAGAAAAUAAUGUCACUUUUUGACAAUGUGAAACUGUUGAUUUCAAAGUAUUACAUGAUAAUGUCAAAAUAUAAUUACACAAUUUCACAAUGUUAACAACGAAAACAAUGUCACUAUGUCAAUGACAUUGUAACAAUUUUUUUUCCCACCAAAGGCGUCUUUUUUUUAUUUGAUUAAAAAAAUUGGAUUACAAAGAGAGGGGGACUAUACCAAAACCUCCCAAAAAGGCAAAUAGACAACACAACAAAAAGUAAAACAAUAAAAUCGGGGGACCAAUCCAGACCCGAAACCGAAUCUAAUAUCUAAAAGAAGGAAUUCCAAAAAAGUUCAUCCAAUAGGCCCGCUUGGCAAAGAUAGGGAGGUUUGUUGGGUGUCCAAUAACUUCGACAUGCUGAAAUUGGGCCGCAGCUAAAUGAUGGGCGACCCAAUUAGUUUCCCGGACCGAGUGAAUGAAUCUCACCUGUUUACUGAUUGCAAUCUGCAUUGUUUCGUGAAUUUCUCUUCUCCAUCUUCUCGACUUUCUUCCCGCAAGGUACUCCAAGGCCAUAGAGCAGUCCGAUUCAACUAUCCACCUAGUGACAUUGUAACAAUAUCACAAUGUCAUUAUAUUAUACUAUCCUCCGUUUCUUUUUAAUCGCAACAUGUCGAAUUUUUACACUAUUCACAGGCUCUACUUUGACUAAAUUUUACGCUAUUAUUUUAUGAAAAUUAUUUUCUUAAGAAGAUAUUGUUCAAUUCAUCUCAUUACAAAGUUUCAAAAUUCAAUUUUUAAAUUUUUUUUACUAAUAGAGAUUAAGAUAUAAUUACGGUCAAAGUCGUGCGUUGGCAAAUGUGAAAUGUUGACCGUUACAACUAAAAAAGAACGAAGGGAGUAUUAUAUUACAUUGUCAUUCAAUGACUGAUUUUAAAACAAUGUCAUUAUAUUACAUUGUCAUAUAAUAUAGAAAAAAUUCCACUUUUGGUCCCAUGACUAUUAUACCACUUCCACAUUUCGUCCCUCACUAUCAAUUUCUCCACAUUCAGUCCGCGACCAUCUUCCCCUCACCACCCGUGGUCCUUCCGGUCAAAACUCCGACUGAAAUUAAUUAAACCACUUAAAGGGGAGGGUAGUUGAGUCAUUUAAUAUCAUUUAAAGUCCUGGUACCUAACUCCCUCCCUCUUCGUCGCCUUUAACAUAACAACGAACCCAGGUCUGCAAAAUUGAAAUCUAAUCCUCAAUUCUUUGAAGCAUGUCUACUGCUAAAUCAGGAAGCUCGAAUUCCGGAGGUCAAUACGAAUAUGGCGAGUGGAUUCCAGUGACCUAUUGCGAAUGUGGCCAACAAUUAAAGCUUUUGACAACAUGGAAAGCAGAGAACAGUGGGAGAAGAUUUUGGAAAUGCAUUGGAAGUCAGCCAUAUAAAGGGUGUGGUAUGAUGGAGUGGUUUGACCCUCCAAUGUGCAAGAGAUCUCAAAAAAUAAUUCUGGGGCUGUUAAAAAAGAUGAAUGCGUAUGAGGAAAAAAUUCGUACAUUGGAGAUGAAGCUUGAAACAUUAGAGGUUGAAGGGUUUAAACCAGAGAAGAAGAGGAAGAAAUGUACUAAAUGUAGUAGGGCAUUGGUUUGCAUUGUUGCAGUUGUUGUUGUAUUUGUGUCCAUGUAUAUCAAAGCCACAUAAUGUGGUUGUAGUGUUUAGGUUCUGUAAUUGUUGCUUUGUUUUAUAUUCACCCAUUAGGUGUGAUGCUGUUGUACUACCUGAAUAUUAUGAGUAUGAUAUCAAAUUAUUUCAUUAAUGUAUUUCAUUUUGGUGUUAAGUAUGAGC